AUGGGAGCUGAGCAGUCGGCCCCUCGGGGACGUGGCAACCAGGCCCCGGUUGUGCGCAAGACAUGCUACUACGAAGUACUCGGGGUAGAUCGGCAGGCACCCGACGAGGAUAUCCGCCGAGCAUACAAGAAGAAAGCCUUGGAGCUGCACCCAGACCGCAAUUACAACGACACCGAGAACGCAACCAAGCGGUUCGCCGAACUGCAAACGGCCUACGAGAUCCUCUCCGACCCCCAAGAGCGUGCCUGGUACGACUCGCAUCGCGAUGCUAUCCUCAACGGUGAGGACGACGUUGCGGGCCCCGCGCCCACUGACCAGUCCGGGAGUGGCCACACCUCAGCCAAUGCCAUUUUCGCCCUGAUGAGCCGCUUCAACUCGAGCGUGCCCAUGGACGAUAGCCCGAGAGGCUUCUUUGGAAUUCUCAAUGACUUUUUCGACCAGCUGGCCGCCGAAGAAACCGCUGCGUGCGAGUGGCUCGGUAUUACGCCGACCGAGUACCCGCCGUUUGGUCACGCCAGGGACGAGUACAAUCCGCUGGCCAAGCGCUUCUAUACCGUGUGGUCAGCCUUCGCGACAAGGAAGACGUUCAGUUGGAUGGACAAAUACCGUCUCUCAGAUGCCCCUGAUCGUCGGGUUCGCCGCCUAAUGGAGAAGGAGAACAAGAAAUUCCGCGACGAAGGAAUCCGCGAGUUCAACGAUGCUGUCCUGUCCCUGGUUGCUUUUGUCAAGAAGCGAGACCCCCGCUAUGUGCCCAACACGCAGUCUGAGGCUGAAAGGCAGCAGGUUUUGAGGAAUUCAGCCGCUGCCCAAGCCGCACGGUCAAGGGCCGCGUACCAGGAGAAACUCGCCGAGUACGUCGUGCCGGAGUGGGCGCAGUUUCGGGACGAGGAGGAACACAACGGCCAAUUCUCCGAGUUUUCCAUGUCGGAAGAAGAAGACGAAGUCGAGCUGCUGGAAUGUGUCGUGUGCAACAAGACCUUCAAGAGCGAGAAGCAGUUUGAAGCCCACGAGAAGAGCAAGAAGCACAUCAAGGCCGUGCAGCAGCUACAGCGGCAGAUGAGAAGGGAAAACGCCAAUCUUGAUCUCGACGACCCGAAGCCCGAUCUUCCGCCGUUACCCACCGGCCACGAAGGGCAGCUUGAGGAGCAGCUGCCGGGGAAUCAGGAGGGAGACUUGACACUUGAUCCUGCUGACGGAGCCCUUCAAACGGAAAACUUCCAGGAGGGAAACAGUGAGGCCCCAAUAUCAGCUGGUCGGGAAUAUACAGACAAAGGCACACCGUCCCAAUCAGAACCAGAAGACGACGAAUAUGCGCCCCGAUCAGCGGUUGAGAACCGUAUAUUGAACGGCGGAUCCAAUGGACAAACGCAUGCGAAGCCUGGCAACACGCCCGCAGCCUCGGAUUCUGUAGCUGCCCGCCUGGACGACUUAAGUCUCAACAGUGAACAGACUCAAGCCAAAAAGAUCGGCAAGGCCAAGCUGAAACGGGAAAAGAAGGCUGCUCGACAGGAGGCGCAGCCCCCGGCGUCUCAUAUAUGCGCCGUUUGCAAAAAAACCUUCACGUCCCGAACCAAACUAUUUGACCAUAUCAAGGACCUUGACCACGCCGCCCUUGUGCCUGUUUCCAGCGCUAAGGCGGGCAAGAAGAAGCGGCGGUGA